GAUACCGGCGCACAAUAUCCUCACCCACGCUCCACCGGCGCAUCGUCCCCCAUGGUUCCUGCUUCGGCUGCGAACCGCCGCUUUCCUCAAGAUAGCACGCCGGCGCCCUCUACGCAUACCACGCGCACAAAUUGAUCUGCUCUGCAACCGCUCGUUCCUCCGACCGCCGUGCGCCCAUCUUUCGGCGCCCAGUGGCGACACGCACCACCUCCAAUCUCGGCACUCCAGAGGCCACUCCCGCCCACUGUCAUGGUUUCGGCAACACCCACGCCUGCGCCUCCAGUGCGCGAACGGCCACGGCCGCCGCCGCCCGCAGUCGUCGAGGCUGAGGAGCAGUGGCUCUUCACCGAGGACGAGCUGCUACAGGCGCCCUCGAUCGUCGACGGCAUGUCGCCCGAAGAAGAGCGCGCAUUGCGCCGCAAGGGCGUCAACUUCAUCCUGCAGGUCGGCAUGAUGCUGAAGCUGCCCCAGACCACGCUCAGCACCGCUGCCGUCUUCUUCAAUCGCUAUCUCAUGCGGAACAGCCUAAAGCCCCGGCCUGGCUACAAGCCACUGCAUCACUACCAAGUCGCCGCUACUGCACUAUUCCUUGCUACGAAGGUCGAAGAGAACGUCCGCAAGAUGAAGGAGAUCGUGGUAGCCUGCGUGCGGGUAGCGCUCAAGGAUCCAAACAAGCUCGUCGACGAGCAGACAAAAGAUUUCUGGAAAUGGCGAGACACCAUCUUGUACUCGGAAGACGUCCUCCUCGAAUCACUCUCCUUUGACAUGAACAUCGAGCCACCCUACAAGACCAUGUACGACAUGCUCAAGUACUAUAAUGUGGAGCACAACAAGAGCUUGCGGAAUGCUGCCUGGGCUUUUCUCUCCGACUCCUGCCUUACCCAGCUCUGCCUACUUUUCUCAUCUCGCACCAUCGCUGCUGCUUCGCUGUAUGCAGGUGCGCGCAUGGUGGGACUUGAACUGCCAGAAGAAGAUGGCAAGCCUUGGUGGGAGAUACAAUGCGUCAAGCUGCGCGACAUCCGACGCGCAUGCAAUCAUAUGGCCGACAUCUACGAGACGGUGCCCAGCAAAGACGGCGAACCCAACAUAUACGCUGGACUGCGAUCACCCGAAGACGGCUCCUACUUCGAUACCCCGACCCCGGGCCAGCACCCGAUGCCUGAACCGGAGUUAGACCCUGAGCCGGAGCCUGCCAAUGGCAACGGGAAAGCCAAGGAAGAUGCCAACGGUGGGGACGAGGUCAUGAGCGAAGAGGGUGAAUUGGAUGGAUAGAGUUCUCCAACCAUUGCCGCUGCCACACCAGUUGAGUGAACCCCGAAACAACUGAGCCAGGCAUUAGCCGGUGCAGAAGGACGGAUUCACGAGCGGUGCAGCCUCUAUCUGUUAUUUGUCUUGCGAAGCGUGCACGUUAUUGGGCGUUUGUCGGACUGGGUUUUUGGUAGGCACACAUACAAAGAUACCCCUGGGUCAAGGGUGCAGGCUGU